CUGGGUUUCCCCGACCACUCCGCCCGGGGCCGUGGGGCGGGGGCCGGGAGGUGCCGGGGCCACGAUGCCCCGCCCGGCCCCCCUCGGUCGGCCUCCCGGGCUGGCCGUUUCUUUGCGUAACUCCCCAACAGCUUGCGUUUCCUGCUGUCCAGGGUCGGGGGCAGGGCGCACAGAGCGACAGCCGGUACUCUGGCAACCUGCCACACGCUCAGCCGGGCCUGAUCGGAGCCGCUCCCAUCAUGGGCUGUGGAGCCGGCGGGAGCUGCACGCCGCGCCCGCCCAUCCGCCAGCAGCCGGCACCAGAAACCCGCGUCGUCGCUGUGGUCUUCCUCGGCCUCCUGCUGGACCUCCUGGCCUUCACCCUGCUGCUGCCCCUACUGCCCGGGCUGCUGGAGAGCCACGGCCGUGCCCACGACCCCCUCUACGGCUCCUGGCAGCGCGGGGUGGACUGGUUUGCAGCAGCCAUCGGGAUGCCAGCAGAGAAGAGGUACAACAGCGUCCUGUUCGGAGGUCUGAUUGGCUCCGUUUUCUCGCUCCUGCAGUUCCUCUCCGCACCACUCACUGGGGCCGUGUCUGACUGCCUGGGGAGGCGCCCGGGGAUGCUGCUGUGCCUGGUAGGUGUGGCCACCUCGUACGCCGUGUGGGCUGCCUCGAAGAGCUUUGCGGCCUUCCUGGCCUCCAGGGUGAUAGGCGGCAUCAGCAAGGGGAACGUUAGCCUCUGCACCGCCAUCGUUGCCGACCUGGGCUCACCGUCUGCCCGCAGCAAGGGCAUGGCAGUCAUCGGGGUGGCCUUUUCUCUGGGCUUCACUCUGGGCCCCACACUGGGAGCCUUCCUGCCCUCGGAGACAGUGCCCUGGCUGGCCCUGCUCUUCGCCGUCUCGGACUUGCUGCUCAUCUGGUGCUUCUUGCCAGAGACGCUGCCCCCAGAGAAGCGGGCGCCCUCGGUCACCCUGGGGUUCCGGGCCGCCGCGGACCUGCUCAGCCCCCUGGCCCUGCUCCGCUUCUCCGCCGUGGCGCGGGGCCCAGACCCGCCCACUGGAGUCAGGCUUGGCAGCCUGCGCGGCCUGGGCCUGGUCUACUUCCUCUACCUCUUCCUGUUCUCGGGCCUGGAGUUCACGCUCAGCUUCCUGGUGCACCAGCGCUUCCAGUUCAGCAGGGUAGAACAGGGGAAGAUGUUUUUCUUCAUCGGUCUCACCAUGGCCACCAUCCAGGGCGCCUACGCCCGGCGGAUCCGCCCUGGCAGGGAGAUCGCGGCUGUGAAGCAGGCCAUCUUGCUGCUCAUCCCCGCUUCCCUCUUCGUCGGCUGGGGACACACGCUGCCCAUCCUGGGCUUGGGGCUGCUCCUCUAUUCCUGGGCCGCAGCCGUUGUGGUCCCCUGCCUGUCCUCCGUGGUCGCCGGCUAUGGCUCGCCCCGGCAGAAGGGCACGGUCAUGGGCACGUUGCGGAGCUUGGGCGCCCUGGCCAGGGCCGUGGGGCCCGUGGUGGCCGCCUCAGCGUACUGGCUGGCCGGCGCCCGUGUCUGUUACACCGUGUGCGCGGCGCUCUUCCUGCUCCCCUUCUCCAUCCUGCGGACCCUGAGCCCCCCGGCGCGGACACUCAAGGCCGAGUAGCUGGGCCGCCCGCCUGCGGUGAUGUGAGGACUGGGGGCUGCGCGGCUAAGUGGGGGCCUGGGCCAGGACAGCUCCCCACUGCCCGCCUGACCCCCUCCAGCGCCCUCACCCCCGCCCCCGGGGUCUGGGGCUUGCAGGUGCAAGAUACUCCAGCAUGGACCUGCCUGUCAGGAUCAGACUCAAACCUUCCAGACUUUCUUCGUUGUCUUCUGUUCUCAACGACACAGGGCCUCAGCAUGACAAAGCAGCUGUUACAUACCAAGUGCCUUCCUGCGGCGCACAUCCCGUCCCCCCACCUCCCCCGGGCACCAGGGGCAGCAACUGGAGGGACAGCUGUUCCAGCUGCACUGACCACAGGGUGCCAGGCUCUGCCCGCUGGUUUCCCUUCUGCCCUGGGGUGGGGGUGGGGAGGCCGCCUGACGCCCCUCUCCUCUCCGGGGCCCUGGCCCGAAGCCCCCAACACCGCCCUCUGGGAAAGAACAGGAAGACACCUGGGGCAGGGUGCUUCUCAGACAGUGUCCCCCAGGGUCCAAAGUGACAAACUGCUGGAUCAAGAGAUAAGUGCUCACUUUGGAAUCUUCAGAACAUUAAACUUCUGAAGUCCUAUUUUAAAGGAGCAAACAAAAAGAAUUAAGAUGCAAGGCUGCUUCCCAAGGUUAGACAAGGAAACUGCGUAAAGAAUUUUAUUUGUGAGUAAAACAUGUUACAAUGAAGAAAGGCCAUAGGACCUGUCCUCCCAAGCCUGUGUCUGUAUAUGCAACUAAACUUCAUGUUGAGAUACAAAGAGUUAAAAUAAACUACAAAAAUGAAAUUAAAA